AUGUCCAACACCAACAAAUUCUACCCCUACACCACAAACGGCGGCCUCACCCUCGGCCUCACGACCGGUCAACCCUUCGCCCUCCUAGCAGCCGACACCCGCUCAACAACCGACUACAGCAUCAACACCCGCACAGACCGCAAGAUCUUCACGCUGCAGCCCGACACCGCCUCCCCCAUCCUCCUCUCGGUCAUCGGCUUCGCAGCCGACGGCCACGCCCUGCACGACCGUCUCGCCAUACAAACCGAGAUGUACCGGUACCGCCACGGCAGGCCCAUGAGCGUGGCGGCGUGCGCGCAGCGCGUCGCGACGCUGCUGUAUGAGAAACGGUUCUUCCCGUACCAUUUGCAGACCAUGGUGGCUGGGUUGGAUGAUGUGGGCGUUGGGGCGGUGUAUUGUUUUGAUCCAGCGGGGAGUUGCGAGAGGACUGAGAGCUGUGUGGGUGGUGGGGCAGGGAGUGUGGCUGGGGCGGUUUUGGAUGCGUUGCUUUCUUCUUCUUCUUCUUCUGCUUCUUUGGGGGGUGGGGGUGGUUUGGAUAGAGAUCGGGCCGAGGGGUUGGUUCUGGAUGUGUUUCGGAGUGUGGCGGAGAGGUGUAUUGAGGUUGGGGAUUAUUUGCAGGUGGUUGUUGUGUCUAGGGAUGGGGGUGUGGAGGAGAGGGUGUUUGGUUUGAGAAAGGAUUGA